UCUUCGGAUAAGCACAACUACAUCUAUCCCGUCCCGCCGUUCAAGCAUAACGUGACAGAAAAAGUGGCCCAAGUUUUAUCCCUUGGAGACGACGUUUUGCCAGAAUACAAACUACAAAUUCCGAGAGCCCAACAUUUAACCAUCCUACAUUAUUCCCCAUUCAAAGCCAUGUGGGAUUGGAUCAUUCUCAUUCUCGUCUUGUACACAGCAAUAUGCACACCCUACGUUGCAGCUUUCCUACUGAGUGACAACGAGAAAAGAAAAUUAAGCGGAAGCGCUCUUGAGCGAUAUAAGCAAAAGGAUCCGCUGACAAUAAUCGACCUGAUCGUGGACAUCAUGUUUAUAAUUGACAUUUUCAUCAACUUCAGGACGACCUAUGUUAAUAAGAACGAAGAAGUCAUUACAAACGCAGGCAAAAUAGCAAUUCAUUAUUUCAAAGGUUGGUUUAUAAUUGACAUGGUGGCAGCCAUUCCCUUUGAUCUUUUGCUUUUUGGAUCGAAUACAGACGAAACAACAACCCUUAUUGGUUUAUUAAAAACAGCGAGACUCUUACGACUAGUCAGAGUAGCUCGCAAACUGGAUAGAUAUUCCGAAUAUGGAGCUGCUGUGCUAGUUUUGUUGAUGGCAACAUUUGCUCUAAUUGCGCAUUGGUUGGCGUGCAUUUGGUAUGCCAUAGGAAAUAUAGAAAGAUCAGAUUCCAACGGUCCUAGGAUUGGUUGGUUGGAUGAGUUGGCUAAAACAACAAAUCAGCCUUACAGUAAUGAAACGCUAAGUGGUCCAAGCCUCCAAUCGAAAUACAUAACGGCUUUGUAUUUUACGUUCAGCAGUUUGACGAGUGUUGGUUUCGGAAAUGUGUCACCAAACACAAAUUCAGAAAAAGUUUUUAGUAUCUGCGUCAUGCUCAUUGGAUCUUUGAUGUAUGCAAGCAUAUUUGGAAAUGUAAGCGCCAUAAUCCAACGUCUCUACUCUGGCACGGCCAGGUACCAUACGCAAAUGCAGAAGGUCAAAGAAUUCAUCAGGUUCCAUCAGAUACCAAAUCCUCUGAGACAGAGAUUGGAGGAGUAUUUCCAGCAUGCUUGGUCUUAUACCAACGGCAUCGAUAUGAAUAUGGUUCUCAAAGGCUUUCCAGACUGCUUGCAGGCCGACAUAUGCUUGCACUUGAACAGAGUUUUACUGCAGAACUCCCCGGCGUUUAAAGGAGCAAGUCCAGGGUGUCUGAGAGCCUUCUCGAUGAAAUUCAAAACAACCCAUGCCCCUCCCGGCGACACCUUGGUGCACAGAGGGGACAUCCUUGAUGCAUUGUAUUUUGUGUCCAGGGGGUCUAUUGAAGUCUUGAAGGAUGAUGUCGUUGUUGCAAUAUUAGGAAAGGAUGAUGUCUUUGGAGAGAAUGUCUGCAAGCAUGAGACAGUUGGAAAAUCGAGUUGCAAUGUUCGAUCGUUAACCUACUGCGAUCUUCACAAGAUACACAGAGAUGACCUGCUGGACGUGUUAGAAAUGUAUUCCGAGUUUGCAGAACGUUUUGUAAAAAAUAUAGAAAUUACCUUUGAUCUACGAGAUGUAAGUAGUUUCUUUGUCAAAACUCAGAAUCGAUAUAAUAUUUCUCUAUUUUACUCUACUAAAUAUUUUUCUUUAGGAAGAGAUAUGUUCGGACCACUUAUUUGA